GUGCAAAAAGAUCCCUGUCCAACUAUUUUGCAUGCAUGUACCCGGGUUCAUUUCAGAGUAUUAUAUAUGUAAAGCAGUGGAAGGCAGCGUAAUCAUCAACUUUAUAAGAUCUACAAGGCAAAAAUUAAUAACAGUUCAUCAACACAUAAGUCUUUGCUAUUACGAAUAAUGUACAUAUGCAAAACUGUUAAAUCUGCCAGUUCCAUUUUCUGCUUUUCACAGUCAAUUUAUCAGCUAGCAAUCGAUCCCAAAUGUAAAAUGCAUUAUUUCCUUAUCCAAAUUUCGAUUGAAUUGUGAAGACGUAAACCAUGAAAACUCUGCUAAAUUUUGACACUACAACGUGCAUGGUUUUGUGCAUUUUCCUCCUCCAAUUUACACCCCAUUGUAAAUGUUCCCGUAAAAAUAAAAAACCCACCUCUCCACCAAUACUUGACGUGCAAACGACCAGUGAACCAGAAGAAAUUGUAUCUGAGGCGACCCCCAUCCUAGAAAAAAUAAGCAAAGUGUCUCUUACAAAUCCAGACAGUGUCACAUUGCGUCUAUUUCGUGGCAUCAGUUCGGAAAAAGUGGAAAAUUCAAACCCAGACGAUAAUGGAAAAUCUAAAAAGUUCUUUUAUCGAGCAUUAGCCCGUGAGGUAUCAAACACCACACUUUUCCUGCAAGGAACCGAUUUCAAUAUUACAAACCCCUCAUCAAAAUUCCUGGAUGGGUCCCCACCCUCCCUUCUGCACACGGUCUACUCCGCCUACAAAAACCAUCACAACCUCGUCCUUCGUCCGGACGACGUUUGGCUCGCCAUCCUGACCCAAUUCUCAUAUUACGUCAACAAGCACUCGGAAGAACUUCGGCAUUUAUUCGUCACGUUUGAUGGGAAGAAAAAGCUUUGGGUCAAUUAUACCAACAUGCCUUCCGUAGCUAUCGUCCCUUUCGAUGACAUGAUUGACAAAAUGGUUGACCUUGUCGAGAAAAACGUGAACGCCAACUUGUCCUUGUGGAUACUCCCUAAUUUUACGACCACCACGCGAAACGACAUGGUCACCUCGGGAAGCAUUCUUCUGGCCACGGUGCAGAAUUAUUUCGAGUACAAUUUAUGGCUCAGCGCGUGCGGAAUUCCGCAACUUACGCUUCUUGGAAGGCGGGAAGAUUGGAUCGACAUUCGAGAACGGAUCGAUAAACUGCCAAAUUUUGAAAUCAAAGGGGAAAAUCUGAUGGAAAAGUGGAGCUCACAAUUGGGCCUAGUUUUGGACCAGUUCAUCAAAGUUAAAACGACGGGGCAAGUUGAUCACGAAUUUUGGGAAGGUAUCGUCCAACAUGGCCGAUAUUGGGCGGUAUGUACCGCCAAUGACUUUGUGGAUGGAUGGAUCACUGUUUUUGCCCCCUUCAACAGAGAUGGGAUUUGGAUUGGGAAAAAUUAUAAUGGUGGACGGUAUAAGGAUUAUUGUGAAAUUAAGGAUGACGACAAGGCGACAAGGAGCAUGUUGGGCCGAAACGGACGCAAGAAAAAUAAGAGUAAAAAACAAAAUUUCCGAGAACAAGUUUACAAAGAAUAUAACAAAGUUUUAAGCAGUCCUUGGAACACUAUUCAUUUUGAGGAAUUGACGACAAUCGAUGGCCAGGUCAAGUUUCCGCUUAAAAUUACUGACGACAAUGUAGCCGAUGAAAAGGAUCGGGAGUAUGAAGGGACCGUGCAUGCGGGAUAUAUGGGACAUUCCGUGGAAGAGGAUCAAGUAACGCUGAAGCCGAUAAUGGGCUGGGUGAUCGCGUUGCAUGGGAAACGGCCACCUUAUUUGGACAGCCUUCAGUUGGGCGGGGAUAAAUAAUUGGAAAUUUAUAUUUACAUAUAUUUAUGCAAGUGCUUAAAUAAUUAUAUGGAUGAACGACAAGGCGGUAUACGAAUAAAUAUAUACAGUUUUUAUAGUUAUGGACAUAAAUCUAUUGUCAGGUCAGACAGCAUGAAACAAAAAUUCUAGUAGUUUCUUUAAAGUGAAAUCUGAUUAUUUCUCAGAAAUUUUAGUCAUAACAUUUAUGCAAUAUUAUAUUCUGUAUUUACCUAUGUAAUGUACAUAUUUAUACUGUUACAGGGACGAUAGCAAGGUUUGGAAUAUCGCAACAAAUAAAUAAUUUAAAUUUACGACUAAA